AUGGUCCGAAUUUCCCUCUUGACGUACCUGGCCCUGGGCCUAGGAAGCACCACUGUACUCGCAGACUGUGGUCAAGCCCCGAGCAGUUCGCCGUCAGUUCAAAUUCCCACGGGCGUUUUGACGCCAGUCACCGACUUCGGCGUAAACCCAACCGGCCUGGAUCUCCAUAUCUACGUCCCCAAGAACCUCGCCCCCAAGCCCGCUGUGAUCCUCGCCCUCCACUUGUGCGGCGGCACCGGCCCUAUUUACUCCUACUUGUCUAACUACAACCCCCACGCCGACGAGCGCCGCUCCUUCGUGGUCCUCUACCCCUCCACCCCGCACGACAACCACUGCUGGGACGUGGCCUCCAAGAAAUCCCUGACCCGCGACGCCGGCGGCGACACCACCUCGCUAGCCAACAUGGUGCGCUGGGCCAUCUCCGAGUUUGACGCCGACCCUGCGAAGGUCUUCGUCACCGGCUCCUCCUCCGGCUGCAUGAUGUCCAACGUCAUGGCCGCUGCCUACCCCGACAUCUUCUCAGCCGUGUCAUGCUACUCGGGAAUCCCCGCCGGCUGUCUGGCUGGUUCCCCGGGAGCCAGCCCGCAGACCUCGGACCCGACUUGUGGUCAGGGCAAGAAGAUCAAGUCCGGAGAGGAGUGGGCUGCCGUCCUCAAGAGCAUUUACGGCAAACCCGAGGGAUACACGGAAGGCUCGUAUCCCAAGGUGCAGACGUGGCAUGGUGAGGCGGAUUUCUUUGUCAACUACCCGAACUUGAAUGAGCAGUUGAAGCAGUGGUCGACGGUAUUGGAUGUUCCGUUUAGCAAGACUCAGGCCAAUGCGCCGGGCACUGGGUAUACCAAGAUUGUGUAUGGAGAUGGAAGCAAGUUGGUUGGUUACUCGGCCAAGGGAGUGGGACAUACGGUCCCGGUGCACCCUGAGGAGGAUUUGAAGUGGUUUGGCUUGUAA